ACUUUUUGGAGUAACAAGCUGUGACACUGCAGAGAGCCUCGAUCCUCUCUCUCCCUCUCAUCCUCCAGCACCGGAAGGAGGGGCGGGGGCAGCCUCUGCAUACAGCCGCCCUAUGUGACGCCCUCCCCGGGCAGACGUCUUAGUUGGCAUUCGGCGUGUGUUUGGAGGGUAAAGAAGUGGAGCAGUGGCGUGCGUGUGAGGAGUCACGACGCAGCUCGUCAUGACCCACAAGUGAAUCACGAUUAUGGAAUUUGUUUCUUUUUUUUGGUAGCGAUGACGUGAAAUGCAGUUUGGAUGUAAUCGCUAGUCUGAUUUGCCCCUCGCUCACUUUUUACUGCUUGCUUUUAGGAUGUAAAACAAAAAAACAUCUUGCACUUUAUUUGAUUUUUGAGGGGAUUUGCCAAAGAAAAGGUGAUCGUUCUCGCUGCUGAGGAGGAGGACGCUGCGGCUCUCUUCUUAUUGUGCAACCUCUUUUUUUGAAUGCUGAUGAUUUUUGGUGGAGGUGUCUUUACCUCGCGUGGAUGUGCACGCGUGCACUGACGCAGAGCACCACGCCACAUUUGGACGAGGCGGCACUGGAUGGCGUCCCCAGGCUUCUGGUCCCUCGGUGGGGACAAUCCGGGCAGCCAGAGCCCCAACACGCCCCGGGCUUGGUGCCAGGCAGCGGCCCAGAAACUGUCUGGAGGGCUCGGAUCAAAAUUAUGUGCGCUGCUGAACGUCGGGGAGGUGGAGAAAGCUGCAGCGGAGCCCGACGCCAAGCAGCCCCUGCAGACGGCGACGGGAGAAUGCGGCUGCAACAAAACCUGCAACUGCACCAAAGCUCCUGUGGUCUUCUCCGACCUCUAUUCAACAGACCUUCUUCCAGCCAUGGACGGCGACGCCAAGACCAUGACCUUCCUGCAGGAGGUGGUGGACAUCCUGCUGGCCUACAUCGUGGAGUCAUUCGACCGCGACACCAAAGUGAUCGACUUCCAUUACCCCAACGAGCUGCUGCAGAUGAACAACUGGGAGCUGCAGCAUGAGCCCACCUCGCUGGACGACAUCUUGAUCAGCUGCCGUGCCACCCUCAAGUACGCCAUCAAGACAGCCCACCCGAGGUACUUCAACCAGCUCUCCACAGGGUUAGACAUGGUCGGUCUGGCUGCUGACUGGCUGACGUCCACCGCCAACACCAACAUGUUCACCUACGAGGUGGCGCCAGUGUUUGUGCUGCUGGAGUACGUCACGCUGAAGAAGAUGAGGGAGAUUGUUGGCUGGCAGGACGGCCGCGGAGACGGCAUCUUCUCCCCUGGUGGUGCUAUUUCCAACAUGUACGCUAUGCUGUUGGCCCGCUUCAAGAUGUUCCCAGAAGUCAAAGAGAAAGGGAUGUCAUCUGUUCCUAGGCUGGUGGCCUUCACCUCCGAACAUAGUCAUUUUUCCAUCAAGAAAGGAGCAGCAGCUCUUGGUAUCGGCACAGAGAGCGUCAUCUGCAUCAAGGUCGAUGAAAGUGGCAAGAUGAUCCCUGCUGACCUGGAGAGGAGGAUACUGGAGGCCAAACAAAAGGGUUUCGUGCCGUUUUUUGUGAGCGCUACGGCCGGCACCACGGUGUACGGCGCCUUCGACCCUCUCAUCGCCAUUUCGGACAUUUGCAAAAAGUACAACGUCUGGAUGCACGUGGAUGGUGCAUGGGGAGGAAGUCUGCUCAUGUCCCGGAGACACAGGUGGAAGUUGGAUGGCGUUGAGAGGGCCAAUUCAGUGACUUGGAACCCACACAAGAUGAUGUCCGUCCCCCUGCAGUGUUCUGCCCUGCUGGUGCGAGAGGAGGGUCUGAUGCAGAACUGCAACCAGAUGCACGCCUGCUACCUGUUCCAGCAGGACAAGCACUACGACCUGUCUUACGACACCGGAGACAAAGCGCUGCAGUGCGGACGCCAUGUUGACAUCUUCAAGCUGUGGCUCAUGUGGAGGGCCAAGGGUACCAUCGGGUUUGAGGCUCAGAUUGACAAGUGUCUGGAGCUGUCCGAGUAUCUGUACAACAAGAUUAAGGACAGGGAAGGAUACGAGAUGGUGUUUGACGGCAAACCUCAGCACACCAACGUCUGCUUCUGGUACCUUCCACCGGGGAUACGCUACAUGGAGGAUAAAGAGGAGAAGCAGAAACGCUUGCACAAGGUGGCGCCAGUCAUCAAAGCCCGCAUGAUGGAGUACGGCACCACCAUGGUCAGCUACCAGCCGCAGGGGGACAAGGUCAACUUCUUCCGCAUGGUCAUCUCCAAUCCGGCCGCCACCUUUGAGGACAUCGACUUUCUUAUCGAGGAGAUCGAGCGCCUGGGCCAAGAUCUAUAAGACUCCAUCUGAACGACUUGUUUGUGGUGAAUGUAAUUGGUAAACUUCCUUGAUUCCUCCAAAUGAAUCUAUUUAAGAGUAUAUUUGUGAUAUAUAUAUAUCUAUAUAUUAUGUAUUGUAGCUUUGCUGUGGACUGGGCGCGUCCAAAGCUUUGUAAAAGUGCUUCUGUGCGCCUCUUUGCUAGUGUAGUCUGACCCAGAGACAUAUGAUAAGUGCUGUAACGUUCGCUGUACUUUUGUGUGUACUUACGUGCAAUAAGUCCACCACCAGCUUUUUAUUUUCCAAUCAUUCCUCGUUUUUGAGUGCCAAAGUGGCACUGUUCUCACGUUCCUAUUUUUUGGAGGGGGAACAGCGCUUUGCCGGCCUUACCUCAGCGUAAUCAAACUGCCUUUAGCUAAUUUGCUACCGCUAACUUACAGCUAGCUACCACAAACAAACAUGGCCGACAUCAAUACACGUACUUGAAUUAGGAAGAGCGUGAAUCCUGGAAAAAGAGCUCAGCACAAUUUCAGUCAAUUGUUGGGGGAAGUGUUCCAGAACCAAAAAAACAAAAACAAAA